AUGCAUCCUGUUUCUUGUUUCUGCUUUGUUCUCAGCUUCUUGCAGAUCUCUCAUUCAUCCCACCCACUAUUCACUACCCUCCUUAUUUCUUUCAUCAUUUCCUAUUCAUCUCCUCCUGCCACAUUUCUUACAUCAUGCACAUAUCUAGAAUGCCUUCACUCUUCCUUUAACUCUCUUUCUAUUCCAAUCACUUUCCUCCUUGACCCUCUUCCUCUUGAAAUUGAUAAUUUGACCCCAAUCUACAGAGUGCAAUUGCUCCCUCCUUUUUUCCUCUCCUUUUUUCCUCUCCUUUUUUCCUCUCCUUUUUUCCUCUCCUUUUUUCCUCUCCUUUUUUCCUCUCCUUUUUUCCUCUCCUUUUUUCCUCUCCUUUUUUCCUCUCCUUUUUUCCUCUCCUUUUUUCCUCUCCUUUUUUUUCCUCCCUUUUCUCUCCUUUUUCUCUUUUUCUUUUUUUUUUUUCUUUUUUUUCUUUUUUUUCUUUUUUCUCUUUUUUCUUUUCUCUUUUUUUUUUUUUUCUCUUUUUUUCUUUUUUCUCUUUUUCUCUCUUUUUUUUCUCUUUUUCUUUUUUUCUCUUUUCUUUUUUCUCUUUUUUCUUUUUUUCUUUUUUUUCUCUUUUUUUUCUCUCUCUUUCUCUCUCUUUUCUCUCUCUUUUUUCCCUCUCUCUCUUUCCCCUCCCUCUCCCCCUCUCUCUUUUCCCCCUCUCUCUUUUCCCCUCUCUCUUUUUCCCCUCUCUCUCUUUUUUCUCUUUUUUUCUCUACUGUGUUUGGUCAAUACUAG